AUGAAAGCGCAGAAGGUAGAUAAACCCAAGGAUCAACGCCGAGCCAAAACCUUCACAGGGUGUUGGACUUGUCGAGCCCGAAAAAUCAAAUGCGAUCUCAGGAAACCAACGUGUUUGAGAUGUGAGAAAUCAGGGUUCGAGUGUGGGGGAUACGAUAUAAAGCUGCAAUGGUCUCAGCCAAUUCAAUUUAAUCGCUUUGGUCAGGUUGCUCCUGUUUCGCACACCUCGACAGGUAGCUCAUCGGAUGAACCUUCUUCGCAAAGACGAGACAUCGCAUUUGUCAAGUACAAAGAGGAAUACGAAUACUAUGAGGAUAUGGAUGAUGAGCUUUCUUCCUUGCACUCGCCACCCUUGGAUCGGAUAGCUGACAAUAAGACGUGGAUGAUAAAGAAAUUCGCAGUGUUUCGGGGUACAGACAAAAGCAAGAUCCAACAUGUACCUCGGCGCAAGCGGCGUAAGCUUGUCCACUCUGUCAGUCAGGCAGGAUCCAGUCCGGCCUCCCAGGGUAAAAGCCGGCAACGUAGUGUGUCUUCAUUAGCGGAAUCACGCACAGAUGGUGUAAAUGUGCCGCGAAGGGAUUCUGCGAAACUUGAUACUCAUAAUAACACGGAUCUACCCAGUGCAUCAAGCGUUGCCGAACUUUUUAACUUCGACUUUUCGUCCAUCAAUUUCAAGGGCCACGAAUGGAUUUCGAACGAGCUGCGAGACGACGCGCUGCUUUCCGCAUUUGCAAUCCAAAAAUUGAAUUCAAACACCCCGGUCGGUACACCACGGGAAACUUCUAAGACUCUCAUAACAGAUGAGUCGCUCAGGCCGAGCCUGGCCGACCAGGCUGAGCAGUUUCAACUCUGUAGUUCCAACGACAACGAGGAUCUUUCUCAAAUUUACAGAAUUCUAUUUCAUCGAAACGAUGACCGACCGCGCUCGAAGGCGCAGUCUUCUGUCUCGAAAUUGAUAGAGUCAACUUCCAGGCCCUCCGUGGUGCCACUUGAAAAUAUGAUACUCAUAGAUUCGUCAAGCGCAGAGGGCCACAUGCCCAAGGAAGUGCUAGAAGUGGUCAAUUCUGCAAUCCCUGAACCCUCCAUUUUCAAUUUGCCCGGUAACGAUAAUUUGCUUCUCAACUUGCCAACAACAGGUCUGACAGUCAAAGGCUUGACCCGAUUUCUUUUGAAUUACUAUUUGAAAAAUGUGGUUGAUCUCAUGACUGUCGUAGCGCUUCCGACCAACCCAUGGCGAACCAUAUAUUUUCCGCGUGCCUUGCAGGCUAUUGGGGAUCUUGCAGGAAUAGGUUACACGUCCAACUCAAGAAAUUCGUUGUUAAACGCGAUUUUAGCAAUUUCAUGCUUCAACCUGCAAAGCAAAUUUCCAAAGAAUUCGCCCGCCAUGAAAUAUUAUCUUCAACUAGGUAUUGAACUUCGCGGACAGGCAUCUUCUUUCCUCAAGUGCUGUCUCGAGUCGGGUACAAAACAAGAGAGAUACAAAGAUAUCGUUACCGCAAUUUUAUCGAUGAACUCCAUAGAUGUGGUUUGGGGCACAAUGGCAGACUGUCAGUAUCAUCUGGGCUUAUGCGAGGAUUUAAUAGAGGAGCGCAUGAAGUCAAGGCCAAAAAUAUCGGAGAAAGCGAGAUCUUUGCACCGCAUAUUUUCCUUCUUGAAGUUGAUACAAGAUAGCACAGCACUGGACAAGGUGACGGAGAAAGAAAUUGUUGUGUUGGCCCCUGCGCCGAACGGAGACCAAACUCAUCUAUUCUCAGAGAUGCAAGAACAACCUGAUGGUGCAGAGAAUUUUGGGAGCCCUCGCGAAGGUGAAUUUAAAGAAUCGCUAGACAAGGAUAACGGUAAGAUUCGCAUAGAAUAUGUUAGGCAAUCGAAUUUUGGCGCCAGUACUCCAAUCUUCUCGAAUAUUGCUAGCCAGUCAUAUAGCCACGCGAAGAAUACCAAGAGAAGCAGCAAUUUUUUAAGCACGGAUGCGUUGUAUGGCCUUCCGAAUUCACUAAUACUGCUGUUUUCAGAUUGCGUGCGACUGGCCAGGCAUCGUGAGUUCUAUCGCAUGAAGUCAAUAGAAGUGCCUUCAAGCUUCAUUAAGCUUUGUGCUGCCUUUGAGGUGAAAUUGUUUAAUUGGAAGUCAGAAUGGGAGUUUUUCGAACCUUACACAGAGAAAUUUGUCAAUGACACCGUCGAAGGCGUGUACCAUCACUCUAUGAGUUUUUACCACAGUUUGAUCAUAUACUACCAAACAAUGGUCCGAUCCACAAAUCAUGAGGAAGUUCAGGUUAACGUACUCGAGGUGCUGGUCCACCUCAACACACUCACAGAUCUAAUCCAGCACAAAGGCAUAAAAAUCGUCCCACUUAUCUGGCAGGGCUUCAUGGCCGGAUGCGCCGCGAUAAGCACUAAUUUACAGAUACAGUUCAAGGAAUGGGCUGCCAAGCAUGCUCGUUCGGGGAUCGGCUCCUACUGGGGUGCAAGACAAAUAAUGUUUGAAGUCUGGAGGCGUCGACUGAACGGGGAAAAUUGUGACAAUUGGUUUGAUGUUUACAAGGAUUGGGAAAUGAAUUUGAUGUUGUCAUAA